AUCGUGUUUGUAUUCUCCUUACAUCCCUCAACCAACCACUACCGUAUGAUUGUGACAUUGAAAACUCCCUCCGCUCCAGCUGCUCGCCAGUUUAUGAGUAGUACCAAAAUAGGAUGGGUGUCCCAAACAAUUCAUUGUUCGUUGCCUCACCAUUCUUUACUUCGAUCGAACCUCCAUAAACAGUCCGCCAUUCACGCAAGAUUCCAUACCACGAAGCAGACAAUGACACUAUUAAAAGCAAAUCAUCUUGAUCCUCAUACCUACACAAGCGGUCGUUGGUUGCGUCACAACGAUCUGGAGAUUGACUCGCGCUACAUUACUUUUGAUUUCGACGCGCUCUGCAGGAGGGUUAUUGAGCUCUGUCCAGGAGCUACUUCUAUAGCGACAUAUGACAAGAAAGAAGGGGGUUUCAACAGAGUCUUCAUAUUCACCACAAAUAAUGCAGAAACGGUCGUGGCAAGACUACCUUUCGCACUGGCAGGACCACCUUGUUUGGCCACCAAUUCCGAAGUCGCAACAAUCAAGUAUCUACAAACCAACACCAGCAUCCCUAUACCUAAAAUCCUUGACUGGAGCGAUGAUCCCUCAAACGCCAUUGGCAGUGAAUACAUCAUCAUGGAACACGCUGUCGGUACUCAAUUACAUCAUAAAUGGCCGACCAUGACUAUAGACCAACAAAUAAGCUGUAUAGACGCUAUCUAUCGGAAGCUAAAAGAAGUGGUGGACAUCAAAUUUCCGGCUUAUGGGAGCGUGUAUUUUGCCGAUAUUUCGCUCGAUUCUGCAACCAAGCGACCUUUAAACCAGAACUUCUCCAUUGGGCCUCACUGUGGCUCUAGGUAUUGGGACUGCAAUGUUGGCGAAUCUAUGUACUACCACAACACAAAACCCAACCGGGGACCGUGGGAUGAUCUUACUGCAUACUGUAAUGGUCUCAUUGAUGCUGGUGUUUCUAGAGUCCCGCCAGUCGAUUCCCCUCUUGAUAACCUACCGCGCUAUCACGGAUCUGUUGAGACGCACCUUCGUCUUCUAGAAUUCGGUCGCGCCGUCAUAAAUAAUAUGUCCAACGACCAGCGAGUUCGAGACACGGCUACGCCAACGCUGUUUCACCCUGAUCUACACAAAAGAAACAUAUUCGUUUCUGAUGAUGACCCCACCAUGAUUACAGGCAUCAUUGAUUGGCAGUCCGCCAGUAUUGAACCAGCAUUCUGGUAUGCAGAUGAAGUGCCCGACUUUGCAACAACUUUACCUCACCCAUCGCUCGAGAAUCAACUUGAGCCCAACAGUGAGCGAUGUGCGAAGGCAUUUGAAGUUUGCACUCAGUUCUACCUUCCAAGGCUGGCUAGCCCAAGAGCUAUGGAUGACGCCCUUUUCCGGCCGUUCCGCUAUUGCUACAGGACGUGGAAGGACGGUGCGGUGGCGUUUCGCCAUGAGCUAAUCAAAACAUCUGAACGCUGGAAGGAGCUUGGUCUUAUGGGUUCCUGUCCAUAUCCCGCACCUACCCCGGAAGAGUUAGCCGCCCACCAGAAGGAAUAUAAAUACUUUGAGGCAGCACAUGACUUGAGAAAUAACCUCGCAGGCUUACUCAAUACUGCAUCCGACGGCUGGGUUCCGCCAGAAGACUGGGAAACGACGAAGUUGGCCAACAGAGAGCUGUUUGAGAUGAUGUUGCAAACUGUCCUAAGUAUCAAAAACCCCGAUGAUGAUGAGCCCAUAAAAGAUGAAGGAGACGUAAGGGAAAUUUGGCCCUUUGACUUAUAACAGCGCCAUUAACGUUAGUCCUUUUCAGCCACUGUACUAAAUCAGACGGCAAGUCUGAUUUAGUACAGUUUAGAUUAUGUUCAAUAGACUGCUCUCUUGAGGAAGGUGGUCACUAUCGUGUCCCUCCAUCCCUUUCGCGACUAGAGUAUACCCGUGUAAAGAGAGUCAAAGUUUAAAGAGCGCUCCUCGAGCUCCUUUGACAUAGAGCGGUUUGCAGUCAGCUUUGUUCCUGCAUUCUUCGUUGAAUCUGCCUGUUCAAAAUGUGAAGAAGAGACUGCCAACGUGACAUGUUCGCGGUGGCUCAUGGUCACACAUCGUAAGCGACAGGAACAGCAUGACGGAGCGAAGCGGCGUUGCCCCAGAUUUCUGGAAUAAAGCUUAGUCUAUUGAUUCAUGGUACGUCAUUAAAAUACUAGCGUGUUCAGCACAGCAACAGGGCUACAACGGAUGUGCUACAACGGCAUGUGCGAUAGCACAGCGUCUGUCACAGCCCAUGUGGGGUAAAGCCGUUCCUGGGUUGCCACAUGUGUUUUGUCACGCCUCGCGUGCUGACCCAACUGUGCUAGCACACAAAGUGUUCUAGAGCAGGAGCAGUGCUACUACCUGUGUGCUGCCCCUAAUAAACCCGUAGCACAUUUGGGUCAACCCCAGACGUGUGCCAGCGAUGAUGAACACUACGGAUUUGAUCACGUGCUGAUAAUGGCAAAAUUGAACAGCUAUACUACCAUGUUGCUGUGUUUAGCACUUCCCUCCGCGCACCAGAAACAUGUCAUUCCCUCGUUGACCAUCUUAUGGGGGACAGAGAGGAAAGAGAAACAUGAGGAAUGACAGGAGUGGGAGAGACUGGCCAGUAGCACUGUGAUGCCCACAUGUCUAGCGGGUAUAAUCCGUUUCAUAGAACGUUGUUGGAUUGGAAGGAUAAGUCGGGUGAAGAUAGUUCUGCAAACACUUAGGUGGAUAUUUGGUGCGGGAUCAUCGGAACCAUCCGGAGUAGACAAGUUGGUGUUCUGUUGCAAUACACUAAAAGGCGAAUUGGGUGUCGCUGAUUUUUAGUUAAUUAUUUUUAGCGGGGUCCAUUUCCAGACACCGGUGGCUGUGCACCCCUGCCUGUUUGUACUCCGAAGGUACCGCUGCUUACUGUCAUCGCGACCGGAGCUGAUUCUUGCUGAUUCUACACUUCACGCUCAAGGUUUGCAAGUAAACUGUCUGAUGACUUUGCACUCUGUUGAAAAAAUAACCUAACUUACUGUAAAGAAUCGGCGAUCAGCGAACCGGCUGUUCUCCCGCAGCUGGUGGUAAUAUAUGGGCUCUAUGUUACUCGAAGCACCUUCUUCCUCCCUUGCAGAGCUCGUCAGUUCUUCGCUUCUGCUUCGUUGUACUUGCCCUGCCUCUCUGACACUGACCCAAGGUUGCCAACACUAGUGAGCGUGUGUGGGUGCUCUACUCCAAGCACCUUCUCCCUUCCUUCUAGAGCUCGCCGGUGCAUAGCUUCUGCCUCGUUGUACUUGCCCUGCCUUGAUAACGCCAAUCCAAGGUUACUAACACUAGUAAGCGUAUCAGGGUGCUCUACCCCAAGCACCUUCUCCCUUCCUUC